AGUCUAUGCUGGAUGUGGACGUCUGAUUCUCACAUUAAUAUGCAACCCAGAACUGUCAGUUGUCCAUUGAACCUUACAGUACUUCACGGUCCACAUCAUUUGUGUGGGGAUUGCCUGUCUACGCCGUCGCUAUGAACAGGACCGUCUGCCUCUGCUUUUGUAUCCUGAUCCAAGUCGGUCUCUGUGCGGAGUCCGAGGAGAGGCUGCUGAAGUGGCUACUGAGUAGAGAGCGCUACAACAAGCUGAUACGACCGGCCAGUAACCGGUUUGAACCGGUUACCAUCAAACUGCAGGUCUCCCUGGCACAACUGAUCAGUGUGCAUGACAGGGAACAARUUAUGAUCACCAAUGUCUGGCUAACACAGAACUGGGUUGAUUACAGGCUGUCAUGGGAGCCCUCAGACUUUGACGGGAUUGACAAGCUCCGCAUUCCCUCCCGUCAUAUAUGGCUCCCAGAUAUUGUACUGUACAACAACGCUGACGGUAUCUAUGAGGUGACGGUCUUCACCAACGCCAUCGUCCUGUCCAACGGCAGCAUCUUCUGGCUCCCUCCAGCUAUCUAUAAGAGUGCCUGCAAGAUCGAGGUCAAACACUUCCCCUUCGACCAACAGAACUGCACUCUGAAAUUCCGCUCGUGGACCUAUGACCACACUGAGGUGGAUCUGGUCCUCAGGACAGGUGUUGCCAGUAUGGACGACUUCACGCCCAGUGGAGAGUGGGACAUCUUGGCUUUACCCGGGAGACGUACUUUCUCCGGCUCAGAGCCCAUCUACGUGGAUGUGACCUAUGACUUCCUGAUCAAAAGGAAUGAAUAUAUACCGUUGUUCUACACCAUAAAUCUGAUUAUCCCCUGUGUCCUCAUCACCUCUCUGGCUGUGUUGGUCUUCUACCUGCCCUCUGACUGUGGAGAGAAGAUCAGUCUGUGUGUCUCUGUACUGUUGGCCCUCACUGUGUUCCUGUUGCUGAUAUCUAAGAUCGUACCGCCGACCUCGCUGGACGUGCCUCUGAUCGGUAAAUACCUGAUGUUCACCAUGGUUCUCGUAACCUUCUCCAUCGUCACCAGUGUGUGUGUUCUAAACGUCCAUCACCGUUCCCCCAGUACACACACCAUGGCCCCCUGGGUUAAACUUCUGUUCCUGGUCUGGCUGCCUGCCCUGCUGUGCAUGAGGCACCCACAGAACAACUCAGCCAGACAGCGGCUCCGUCAGAGGAGGCAGCAGUCACUCCAGAAGACCAAGGAGGCUAGCCCAGGGAUGGAUAAACCUGAGUGGGUUGGACCUGACCCUGGCAUGGCCUCCUCUCCCUCCUCAUCUCCAUUCCUCCUAUCUACUGGGCCCUACUACCUCAGAAAAAGGAGUGUGAGGACACCAGAGGGGUUUCUGCCCACGGAGCAACUGUCUGGUCGGCCGUGGUGUGGCAGCUCCAGCUCUGACAUCAGUCACAGUCCUGACCUACAGGAAGCUGUCGACGGGGUGCGAUACGUCGCUGACUACAUGAUUAGAGACGACGACAACAAGACUGUGAUUGAAGACUGGAAGUACGUGGCGAUGGUAUUGGAUCGGAUGUUCCUGUGGAUCUUUGCAGUAGGCUGUAUAGCCGGUACUCUUGGGAUCUUCCUUCAACCUUUCUUCCAGCAACAGACCAUCCCCAUCCGGAAUCUCAGCAGCCCCACGUCACCAAGGGACAUCAUCUUGAAGGAUUCCAUUGUUUAAAAAAAAUAUUAUCCAUGUAAACAGAUAAUGUCUAGCUUUAAAAGCGGACCGCAUGAAAUGAUCUGAAGGACUUUACUGUAAACUGGCUAAUGCCACUACUAUUUCUUAGCUACAAUUUAUUACAAU